GACUAAACAUUGAAAAUUGGAAAGUACUCUGUUGACUGAUAAAGAAAACGACCUGAUAUUGUGAUUCAGGAACAAUCCUGUCAUCGUUUUGAGCAGAUCGGCAGGGGAAAUGAGCCUGGAAACGCUUUUAGAAGCGGCCGAAUUUUUGGAAUGGCGUAACCAUUCGAGAACACGUGUUGACUCGAGUCCCCGGGAUCCGCAUGGAUAUUCUAUGCUCUCGACAAACGAUUCUGAUGGAUCACCAGAAUCGAGCAAUUCUGGGAAGCUAUCGGGAAACGAAGACGGGAAAGACAAGCGCCGAGCGGGCGGUGCUGGAACACGUGAAGUCCAUAAUAAGUUGGAAAAGAACAGGAGAGCUCACUUGAAAGAGUGCUUUGAGUUUUUGAAAAAUCAAAUCCCAACAUUAGAAGACAAAAGGACUUCCAACUUGAGUAUUCUAAGAGGCUCACUGCGAUAUAUACAGGCUCUGCGGAGGAAAGAGAAGGAGUAUGAGUUGGAAAUGCAACGUCUCGCUCGGGAAAAAAUCAGUCUCCAGGAAAGAAUGGCUAUGCUUAAGUCAGAACUUGUGAAGAUGAAUAUAGAAGUGGACAUCAACCAAUGGGCAGUUGUACCUGAUGACCAGGGUACUAACUCCACCUCCACAGCCACAGAGCAAGGUAGUCCUAUCUGCAGUGAAGAUGAAGACGAGGAUGAAAUGGCUCAUUCACUCAUUACAGUUCACGAGGUGAAGAUCAAUAAAACUGUACACAAGUCCUUGCCCCAUCCAAUCGUGAGCCAGGCUUCUAUGACGGUUCUCAAGGUCUCAAAUCCAAACCCUGCUCCAUCUCGUACUCUUGGCAACAAUACGACCAGUAAAGUUCCCAUGACUACCUCUACUGUCUCCAUGCCAACUGUUCAGACAACCAGUAGUGUGAUACAGCAGACCUUAGCUGCUGCGGUGCGCCCUCCAGUAACUCAGAUCCUGGCAAGGCAGUUGCUACAGCGUCAACAAAGUGGUACCUCGCAGGGGGCAGUGCAGGUGUCUUCAACUGCGACCACAAGUGCUACUGGUGCCAACAAGCUCCUCCCACACCAGAUGAAAUCCAUUUCCCAAAUGAGGGCACCACUUACUCUUGGCCCGUUUGGGGGUCCUGCUAAUGCUGCCCAGCUAGCAGCAUUGAACAAGCUGGCUGGAACAGCAGCAUUGUCCAUACCCAUGUCCAGUGCUGGCACCAACCUGACACCAUUGACUAAGGCUCUGAACCAACCCAUACUGAUGUCUCCCAGUCUACAACUUACCACCCCCAUGGUAACAUCAGUCACCACAGCGUCCUCCCAGAUCUCCUCCGCUACCACCAUCACCACUGCAUCAGCUUCGCUCAUGUCCCUUGCAGCCAUGCAGAAUGGCUUGGCAACUUCAGUUGUGACACCUGCCACUCAAACACAGGUCAAUGCUGCUGCUAUAAAUAGCAUUCGCCCAACUAUUAUUGGGCCUGGACCACACCACGCAAUCAUGACAGCACCACUGGCUGCACUGAUGCCACAAACAGUACCCAGAACCACUAUUAGUGGUCUGUCAGGUAUAAGCAACAUGGUGGGCCACACAUCCAUGCAGCAGCUCAUAUCACUGGCUCAGAUGGGUCAGGCUGGAGGAGCACAUCUUGUGUCGCCAAUGGUGAUGUCGCCAAGUGUUCAGCUGGCUGCAAGCUCUGGAUUGUCACAAUCUCAGAUCAGUAUGUUAGCUUCCCAGCCACUUCUGCAACAAAUCCCGAUCUUCUCACCAGGCCUGCUAAAAGGUGGACAGAUGAUCAGUCAACCUGUUGUUAAGCCCUUUGUAGUUGUCACAGUACCAAAUGUGGUGCCAACCACUUCAGCACCUAGUGUUCCAGUAACUACUACUGGUUCCUAGGAACAUGUUGAUUUGGAUAGCUUUGUAUGUAGAGAUGAUAUUUCAGCAAUAUUGGUUGGCUUUACUGCUUUUGUUGGUGUUACAAAGAUAGAUAGUGUAAAGUGUUACAGAAAGGUAUCUUUAUGCCUCCGCAGUUUAUAUUUUGUGAGAGUUGGAGGCAGGGGGCAUAUAGGCUUACCCAUGUUUAUUUGUUGCGUCACAUCAUGUUCCUUUCCAAAUCAUUGUCAUUUUGAGAACCUCUGAAUAGAGCUGGAUCAUAUUUACUCCCUGGUGUCAUAACAUAAAGUUCUAUAACUCAUUUAGGAGUUUAUCAGUCAAAGUUAAAUUUGUUCGAAAUAUAGAUAUCAUCUAUCUUUGCAUUGAAAUUCUAUUUAAAUACUUCACUUUAUGAAAUAAUUAAAUCAAUUCUUUGGUACAAUUAUAUUACACUUGUUUUAACUUAGUCUUUUUUUAUUAAAAAAAGUGCUGAUAAUGCCUACCUCAAGGGGAUUACAGGGUUCAUGUAUGGAAAGGACGCUAUCAUCUUGAAUGAUAUUAUAUUGUAACUUGUUAUAACCCUGCACACCAAAUAUUGCUGAAAUAUCGGUCUGUUUUAUUGUCUGUGAUGACCUUUCUUUUUCCAUCACAUGUGUCAGAAGUGAUGAAUUUACUAGUAGUUAAGAAGUGCUGUUUUUAGGGUACAAAUGUCCACUGUAUACUCCUUGUUAAUCUGUAUAUAUAGAUAUAUAUAUAUAUAUAUAUACUCCAGUAGAAUUCUGAUUGAAUGUUUGAUUGUUGCUAAGUGAUUCAACAAUAGAAAUAGAUCUUUGUAUAUCACAACAAAUUAGAAAUUUGCUGUGUGAUGUUUUAGAACUACUCUUAUCAUCAUCAGGCAAAACCUGUUAAUUGACAAUAGAUUGAUCUGAUAGAUGUAACAGAGUGUAGUUAAUAAAACCUCACACAAAGUUUUUAAGUGGUUGCAAUAUGAAAAUCUGUUUGCAUACCAUCCCAAAGAAAUUGUUUCUUGAUAAAGGAUAUUUAAUUCUUUUAUGUAUGCAUUGUACAAGUGUGGCUGUUGCUGAGAGAUUGAUUUUUAGUGAUUGUGUAGUUGUAAACAGAGAGAAAUAUGUUUAUAAUAGGACAAUGAAGUAUCAUUUAGGAGAAACGUUGUUCUGAAGGGCAAGUAAGCUGUCAUAAAAUGGCAUAUCGUGAGUUUUUUGUGUACAUCUACCUGGUAAUUUUAGUAAAAUUAGCAAUCCUUUUAAAAUCGCCAGAAAAUUUAAAUUACAAAAUUUGCAUGUUUUCUUCUUUUUAUUAAUACAUCUAUAGCGUCAACAUUCUUACAUGUACCUGAACACUUUCUUGUUUUGAAUACUCCUAUAACAAAUAAAUAUUAGUUGGUAUGUAAUGGGUAGUUAGAUUUCAAGCUAAUUUAGAAUCAAAACUGAGAAAGGCAAAAUUUGCAAAAAGGUACAUCUUGAAGAUUUAUGUAAAAAUUGCAAAACACCAAAAUCUCCUGAUAAUGGUACACCACCCAUUUAUUAAGUUAAAUCUUCUCAAUUAGAAGAUUUCUAAUUCCAAUUAGCUUCAGGGAUAUUGAACAAAUUUGUAAUGAAGCAUUUCGAGGGAAAAGUAUAACCUUCUGAGGACUGAGCAGUCUUGUUAAAUCCUUUUUCAGAUAAAACAGUUCUCGUGUAUAAAAGGUCUCUGUACAGACUAAGAGAAACAUGAACCCGAGACAACCAUUCUUUUGACCUUUAGUGAUAUAGGGCAUUUUUCGUCUCAGGUACUUCAAGGGGAACAACAAUUAAACAAUGGACAUGAAAACUGGAGGUCAAAAAUAGGUUUAGGGAUAAUUUUUAUAAAGGAAUUUUCGUAACUAGUUUCCUUCUAAAUGAAGGAACAGGUGGGCUGUUGAGGCCCUGAGUCACAGAGUAUGUUUAGUGUGUGUGAGGAUCAGUAGGUUGUUCAUGUGUACAAUAUUCUUUGUUAUCUAUUUCAUAUUAAAUGCAUUAAUCGUAGAGAAUAAAAAAUGCAUGUACUUGUUAAUGUUAGAAGAUGUGCUAUAUAUACCAACCUCUUGUAGAGGUCCACUUGGUUCACCAUCUUGUUUCUAUGAAGAAUGCAUCUGUCACGUUGACAUUUUCAUUAUAACAUUGUCAUUGUAACUAUUAUUAUAUUUUCUCUUACUUAAUACCUAAGCUUUUACAAGACACUGAUUACAAAAUGAUUUUACAAAAUGUACCUUCGUAGACUCUCCACUCAUAAUAGUAAACGCUAUGUUAUGACUUACGAAAGGGAGGUCACUCUGUCAAGAUCCUUGGACUUUUGCUGAUUAGCUUACCUCGCUGUAUGCACCUGUGAGCUGAUCUCUACUGCAAUGUCUUGUCCUAUCAAUGAAUUACUAUAUUCUUUUCCAAUUAUGUAUCUUACAUCAACUUUCAUUCAAGUUAUACCUUCCAUCAGGUCUUGGAUCAUUAUGUCUAAGUUAGCUAUGUCAGGAGGAAAGGCUGUUACUAUUUCUGUAGAUAAAUAAAGGUUAGGAGUCAAAUUACUUUUUGUUGAUGUAUGAUGUGUAGUGUGAUAGGAGGACCAACAAUAGUUUUAUUUUAAUUUUUAUUUAUUUAUUUAUCUAUUUAUUAAUUUUUUUAACUCCAGCUGAUUUGUUAAAAUUAUAACGUUUUAAUGAAUUGUACAGACUAGAGUUUACUAGAAGAUUUUGACAUUGUACAUUGUACUUGACUUAACAAGAAUAGGAGUUAUGGUUUUAAUAUCAAAUCUCAUCUUGGGGAGAAUCUUUAGUGUUUAAUAAGUAUUACAUUCCCAGUCAAGAGUACUGUUCCACAUGAAAUAUUUGAUAUGUAGAAACUUCCCUUGUUUUAGUGGGAAUAGACAGACCACAAAGUUAAGACUAAAGAUACAGGAAUUCUGUUUAAGAAUAUGUGGUAUCCUCAGAUGGUGUUACCCUUGAAAUUAUGUUGAAGGUCAAAAUCACAAAAGAGCCUCAUUUCCAUGUUGUAAGUACUAGAUAUAUAAUGACAAUAUAGUUGAGUGAUAGGACAUUUGUUUUAACCCUAUGUAACCAGAACCACAGAACACGAGAAACUUGUAACAUACCUGAAGGUUGAUUGUGCUAUCAUUUUGUAAUCACAAUAAUUACACUUGUAAAAGAUGUUGUGAGCUUUUUAUGUUAUAAGAUGUUUUUAAGCCCACCACAAUUAGCUGGUGAGCUGUUCAAAUUGCCGUGGUCUGUCGUCGGUCUGUCCUCCAUCCAUAAACAAUUGUUAUCGCUAUUUCUUGAGAAGAAUUGGAUGGAUCUUUCUUAUAUUUCAUAGGUAGAUUCCCAUUAGUCCUUAGUUGUGCCCAUAUGAUUUUCGGACUGAUCAGAAAACAAAAUGGCUGAAAGAUGGCCACCUUUGAUUUAGUCAUUAAAGUUUGUUAUUGCUUUUUCUUGAAAAAUACCUAAUGGAUCUCUCAUAUUCAUGUUCCUCUUGGUCCUAUCUAGUUGAGCCCAUCUAAUUUUGGGAUGACUCAGAAAAACAAAAUGGCAGACAGGCUUUUAUCUCAGAUCCCUAGUUGUGCCUGUUUGAAUUUGGUACUGAUUGCAAAAAAAGAAUUGCUUACAGGUGGCCAUCUUGGAUUUUGCCAAGUAAAGAUUAUCCCUGUUUAUUAAGGGGUACUGAAUGGAUCUAUCUCAAAUUUCAUACAUAUGUUCUGUUUGGUCUCUUCCUGUGCCUGUUUGAUUUUGGGACUGGUCAGAAGAAACAAAAUGGCUUCCAGGCAACCAUUUUGGAUUUGGCAGGUAAAGACUAUCAUCGCAAAGGAAUUUUCAAAUUUCUCGUAAUUAAGAACAAAAUAGAGAAGAGGAAAGAAAGGUAAAGAUCCAUCUUUCAAGAGGAAAUAAAGAUCAAACAUGGUGAGCACCAAGAUCCCUUGGGGAUCUCUUGUUUUGUAUAGUAGUCAGUGGACAGACUUUAAAAAGAGAAGAUGAUGAUUCCAGCAUUUAAUUGUUGUCUAUAUAAUUGAUAGUCUGAACCAAAUCAAAUAUAUACAGUGCUGUUACUGUUUUUGUUGAGAUUAUUAUUGUUUUUAUGUUAAGUUGGAGGAUGUUCAAAGUUAUUUCUAAGAUAACUAUCUCUAAGAUAAAUUUAUUAAUAUUUUUAACACAAGUCAUCAGGCUUGGAAGAAAGGUUUAUUCCGGGGAACACAGGUCAUAUGGCUUGUAAUGGGUCAUAUAGCUUGUAACAUAGAUUUAUUUUGAAGAACACAGGUCAUCAGGCAUGUUAUGUCCAUCUUCCUAAGAAGGCCUGAAUCUUUACAACAGUCUGCCUGUUAUGCAUCUUUCUCUAACAAGCAUACAGGUAGGGAUUGAGAGGGAUUAGUGUCCUGUGCACGGUUUGAUACCGGUGAUGAGUUAGCAACGUUCACAUUCAGAUAAAAAAAGACAACAGGAUAAGCUCACAUGACUGUAUAAUUCAACAUUUUUGUGGAACUUGUAUUUCAUAGUAAUCUAAAAUGAUUUUCCAUUGCCACAUUUGUAGAUUAAUUUAAAUCUUCAGCAUCAUUUUGUUGACAUAUGAAUUUGUUGAUUAAAACGUAAAAAAAUGAAAAUAAAAUCACAAAAAUUUAUAAAUUUACCGUUCUUGACUCCAUCUACUCAAAGCUGAGUAUAAUACAUGUAAAGUGUGCUAAUAUUGCUGUGCUGUCAUUCCAUCUACCUAAAAUGGAGUAUUUACAUGAGUGUAAAAGUACAGAUCUACAGCACUCCCUAUUGGCCUCCACUAGUGACAAUUUCCCUUCAGAGGUUGGGCCUCAGCAAGAUGUUUCAUGUUCGAGUCAAGUUAGGGACAACACAUUUAUUGUUUCUCUGUAAGUGUCCUUGUGAAUAUGAAAUUGAGAAUUUUAACAAGAUAUCUACCAGUAGAAGGUUAUAUUCAUAUUACUUUGUAACGUCACAACUUGGUUACUCCUCUUCUUGCAGUUGACUUAAUUUAUUAAUUUAUUGAUUUGUUUUUCUCUCUGAAGUAAACAUUGAAUAUUAUGUUACGGGGAAAUAAAAUGUCCAUCGUUUGAUGUUUGACAUGGUCCAUUGGAUAUAAUUGAUUACCAAAGAUGAAAGAGGAUUUGUUUUGUAAAUUAUGUCUUUGUGAAUAAAUUUUCCCUCUUUA